CUUCAUCGCCUAUAUACUGACUUUAACAACGACUUCCUUUUCUUUCUUCUCCCUCAAAACCUCAACUUUUACUGCGUUCUUAUUCCCGAGGAUACAACAGGUUGCGGCUGAAAAUGGAUGGCGAGGAGUUGACGGAGCAAGAGACUGCUUUGUAUGACCGCCAGAUUCGUGUAUGGGGUGUUGAUGCGCAGAGAAGGUUAAGCAAAUCCCAUAUAUUGGUUAGUGGAAUGAAAGGGGCAGUUGUAGAGUUUUGCAAGAAUAUUGUUCUUGCAGGAAUUGGUAGUUUGACCCUGAUGGAUAACAGGCCUGUUACAGAAGAAGCACUUUUGUCAAACUUCUUAAUUCCUCCUGAUGAGAAAAUGUACAGUGGGCGUUCUCUUGCUGAACUUUGUUGUGAUUCCUUAAGGGAUUUCAAUCCAAUGGUCCAUGUGUCAGUAGAGAAAGGUGAUUUGUUGAGCUUUGAUGAAGAUUUCUAUGACAAGUUCGAUGCUGUUGUUGUCAGUUGCUGCUCUUUUACAACCAAAAAGACAAUCAAUGAAAAAUGUCGGAGGAGACCUAAGCGGAUUGCUUUUUAUACUGUUGAUGGUAGAGAUACAUGUGGUGAAAUAUUUGUUGAUUUGCAAAAAUAUAACUAUAUGCAGAAACAGCUUGAUAAUACAAUUGAAUGCCAAUUACAAUAUCCAAGUUUUGAGGAAGCAGUUGCAGCCCCUUGGAGAUCACUUCCAAAGAAAGUGACAAAGCUUUACUAUGCCAUGAGAGUGAUAGAAGGGUUUGAAGAGUCCGAGGGCCGUAAUCCUGGUGAAGUCUCAGUUUCAGAUCUCCCUAGUGUUUUGAAGAUGAGGAAUGAACUCUGCAAGGCUCAGUCAUUGACUGAAUCUCAUAUACCAAAUGGUCUCCUAGAAAGAUUGCUGCUGGCAGGUACAAGUGAAUACCCUCCUGUGUGUGCAAUCAUUGGGGGAAUUCUUGGCCAGGAGGUCAUUAAAGCAAUAUCAGGCAAAGGUGAUCCCCUCAAGAAUUUCUUCUUUUUUGAUGCCAUGGAUGGGAAAGGCAUAAUAGAAGACAUAUCAAACUCAAACCACUAGAAUCUGAACAUUAUUGUACGGAGAAGCAUUGAGCUAUUUUAAGGUGGGGAUUGGGAUGUAAGUCUUCAUUUGUAAGUAGUUGAACUGCAUGAGUGCCGCCCUUUUGUCAUAGAUUCA